AUGAAAUGUUUGUUGGUUUUUGAUUUUGACCAUACAAUCAUAGAUGAAAACAGCGAUACCUGGAUUGUGAAAUGUGCUCCUGAGAGAAAACUUCCUAAUGGAUUAAGAAACUCCUACCAACCAGGACACUGGACAGAAUACAUGGGCAGAGUCUUUGUCUACUUGGGCGACAGUGGUGUCAAAGAAGAUGAGAUGAAAAGAACUAUGACAACAAUUCCUUUCACUGCGGGAAUGAUAGAUCUUCUGAGGUUUAUUGGCGAGAACAAAGAGUUGUUUGAUUGCAUAAUUGUUUCAGAUUCCAAUACAGUAUUUAUUGACUGGAUUUUGAAAGCUGCUGACCUCCACAAGGUGUUUGAUGAAGUGUUCACAAACCCUGCAGCAUUCAGCAGCACUGGCUAUCUCACUGUACAGAACUUCCAUGCUCACUGUUGUGCAAAGUGCCCUAAAAACCUUUGCAAAAGGAACGUUUUAAAAGAAUUUCUAGAUAAACAGUUGGAGCGAGGAGUAAGUUACACACAAAUUGUAUAUAUAGGUGAUGGUGGGAAUGACUUAUGUCCAGUAAUGUUUUUGAAGAAGAAUGAUAUUGCUAUGCCCAGGCAGGGGUAUACCUUGGAGAAAAAGAUCAGUCAACUGGCCCAAGAUCUCAGUCCUGUAGAGUGUUCUGUUCUGGUUUGGUCAUCUGCUAUUGACAUUCUGUCUUACCUGAAACUGCUGGUAAAGGAAUCAUUCAAAUGA